UGGACUUUGUGUGAACUGCAUGCUUUGUAGAACGCGCAUGCGUAAAAGAUUGUAAACACUCUCCGGAAUGUUUUGCUUUGGGGGCUUUUAUGCUAAUUUUGCAUAAUACGUUUGCAAGGAAAUCCCAGUUCGGGUAAAGUGAACGGGUUAUAAGGAGCUGUAUGUGAACUCACAGAGUGACUAAACCCGCUGACGUUUGAGAAGGACCUAAACAUUCAGGGCAGACUUGACACCAAUGAAGGGGCAACAGAAAAGCCCUGAUCCACAGGUGGAUGUGCCUAUCAUGGAGGAAGGAGCUAUUGCUACAGCUGUUGAUCCAUCUGCUAUUGCCACGAUACAGUCAGCUGCAACGUUUUCUGCUGAACAGCCAAUAAAGUACGUUUUCAAAACGGAAGGAAAUACCGGGCAGGUGACGUAUCGAGUGAUCCAUGUAGCUGACGGGCAAAUGGAGACUCAGGCAGAUGGAGCUGCAGCUGUUAGUGUUGUGACUGGCUUCCCUACAGCAACGCAGGCCGGGACACCCCCUGUAACACGGGCUGUGUACUCUCAGGCUGAGGGUCUGGAGACAGAGGCCACUGAGGGUCACUACUACUAUCCGUCCUCUAUCAGUGACACAGCCCCAGCUGCCAUAGUAACCAAUGUCCAUGCAGCUGAUUCGCUGCUCUCGCAACCUACUUCUGCAGGCCAACUCUAUGUGAUGAUGUCACCACAGGAAAUGUUAGGCACAACCAAUCAGAGUAAGGCAGAGACGCCUUGCACUUCAAGAGAUGACAAGAGGAGAGCACAGCACAAUGAAGUUGAACGUAGACGCAGGGACAAAAUAAACAAUUGGAUCGUCCAGCUGUCUAAAACAAUCCCUGACUGCACUAUGGACUCGGCCAAAACAAGCCAGAGUAAGGGUGGGAUCCUAUCAAAAGCCUGUGACUACAUUCAGGAGUUGCGCCAAAGCAAUGCUCGAUUAUCAGAGGAGCUGGAAACACUGGACAGGCUUAGGCUGGACAACCAGCUCCUCAGACAAGAGGUGGAAGACUGGAAAUCUAAGAAUCAGAUGCUUAGAAGCCAGCUAAGGCAUCAUGGUAUAGUCACUGCGUCGAGCAUGGACCCUCAGUGAAGCCCUGCACGUCCUCGAUUGCAUCUCCUUCCACCACAGGCUUAUAAUGAAUUAAGCUUAAGCAGCCCUGCACUCAGCAAUCUUUGAAGAGCACUCUUUAAAGGUUGUCUGACAGAAUGUGUUUGGACUUGAUUUUGAGUCUAAUUUGCCUUAUGGCUGAUAAUGUUGGGUAAGACUAUGAAUUAUAGAGAAGAUAAUUGAUUUUAGAUAAGCUUGUGAAAGCUCCAUGUUCCCUGUGCGCUCCUCAUAGUAAAGAUUGAUGGACAGAUAACGCACGGGUAGCUCAACUGCACUAAAAUACGUUGUUGUUGUUCUUGAGUAAGAUCAAUAGUUUCUAAAGAAUCAUUUAUUUUUGUGUCUUACUGGAUAAUAGAUUAGUGUGAUAAUAGGAAGUGCAGCUCAUUUUAUGACUUCUGAAUCAAAAUCGAAAGCAAAAGCAUUUGUGCUACUGAAAUGGUCUGAGUUACAGGAAUUAGAGAUGUCUGUCAGCGUGAACAGAUUCUUUACAGUGGUGGUUAUUGAUGUAAUUGAAAAUUUUGUACUUGGUAACAGGGUCAGAUUUCCUUCUUCUGAAAUAAUGUGUGUUUUGAAAUAAUGGAUCCCUACCAGAGUCAGGAAAAUAUUCUCCAAAAUGUUUGAUAGUUCUUUCAGCUGUACAAAUAUGCUGUUGAGUCAUAUGGGAUAGAUUUAAUUAUAGUGAUGGUAAACUAUCUUUGUAUUUAUAUUGGCAAUAUACAGUAUAUUGCCAUAUAUUUAGUUAACUUAG